AUGUCAUAUCAACAGCCGCCAUCAUCUUCAUCGAAUAAUAAUUUGCCACCAUUUGAUUGGUCUCUACCAGGACGAAAUUUUAGUGGUGGUCCUCCACCUCUAAUGGCUAUGCCAAAUAGGGAUGAUGUUCGUCUUCCAUCAACAAUGGAACGUGUCUUAAAAUUUCGUGAUAAUCAGCAUGAAGAAGAUCGUGUAACAAAAUUACAUAGCAGUGGUGGUGGUGGUGCUGGUCAUCAAACUGAUUCUGGUAUUGAACAAAAUGAUGAUUAUUAUGAUGAAUCUGAUGAAGAAAUAACAUCUCAAAAUAAUUUAUCACGAAAAGCUAAAAAAGAUGUUGAAAAACGACGUCGUCGUCGGCGUGCUAAAAAAAAGAGUAAACCUACUACUACUACUACUCCUUCAUCAAUAACAUCCUCUGAUUCAUUAGCAAAAGAAAAUAAUAAAAUUGAUGAUAAAAAAAAGAAAAAAAAAUCUGGAUCCGAUGAUGAUGAUAAUGAUAAUAAUACAACAAGUGUUGAAAUUGAUUAUGUUCCUGAAGAUCUUCCAAUAAAACGUGGAGAUGGUUAUUAUACACAUUUUGUUAAAGUAUUUGAAAAUUUUAAAUUAGAUCAAAAUAAUGAUGAUAAUAAUAAUGAAUAUUAUUAUAAUAAAUAUGGUAAAAAAGUUCUUGCACCUAAAACACUUUUACCACGUGAUAAAACAAAUUUGGAAGAAAAUGAUGAUGAUGAUGAUGAUGAUAAAGAAACAAUUAAUUAUGAUAAAAAGAAAAAAGAUUUAGAUGAUGAUGAACAAAAAAAAAAAUCAAAAAAACAAAUGAAACGUGAAACACGUCUUAGUGUUGCACAAUUAAAACAACUUGUUGUAAGACCUGAUGUUGUUGAAAUGUUUGAUGUUACAGCUAAAGAUCCUAAAUUACUUGUUCAUCUUAAAGCUACACGUAAUACAGUUCCUGUACCACGUCAUUGGUGUGCUAAACGUAAAUAUUUACAAGGUAAACGUGGUAUAGAAAAACCACCAUUCCAAUUACCUGAUUUUAUACGUCGUACGGGUAUUAUGGAAAUGCGUGAAGCUCUACAAGAAAAAGAACAAAAUAAAACAUUAAAACAAAAAAUGCGUGAAAAAGUUCGUCCGAAAUUAGGAAAAAUUGAUAUUGAUUAUCAAAAAUUACAUGAUGCUUUUUUUCGUUGGCAAACAAAACCACGAAUGUCAAUACAUGGUGAUUUAUAUUAUGAAGGAAAAGAAAAUGAAACACGUUUAAAAGAUAAAAAACCAGGUAUUUUAAGUGAAGAAUUACGUGUCGCACUUGGUAUACCAGUUGGACCAACAGCUGAUAAAUAUCCACCACCAUGGUUAAUUGCUAUGCAACGUUAUGGACCACCACCAAGUUAUCCUAAUUUAAAAAUACCUGGUUUAAAUGCACCUAUACCAGAAGGUUGUCAAUUUGGUUAUCAUAGUGGUGGUUGGGGUAAACCACCUGUUGAUGAACAUGGUCGACCAUUAUAUGGUGAUGUAUUUGGUACAAAUCAAUUUGCUUAUAUACGUAGUAUGAAUGAAGAAGAACAUAUUGAUAAAAAUUAUUGGGGAGAAAUUGAAGAAGAAGAACAAGAACAAGAAGCAGUUAGUUCAUCAGAUGAAGAAGAAACAACAGAAGAUACAGGUCUUGAUGGUGAAACAACAACUGAAGGACAAAUAAGUGCACCAACAGCUAGUGAACAUGCUCAUCAUCAUGUACAUCAUCAUCAUCCUACAACAGAACAAGAACAAAAUAUACAUCCAGCUGGAUUUCAAACACCACAUGGAAGUGAAGGUUUUGUUACACCAAGUGGUACACAAUCAUCAAUACUUGGUACAGAAACACCACAACAGUUCGAAUUACGUAAAUCUCGUUUUCAUGCUGAAAUGGAUGGUGAUAUAACACCAGCACUUUAUACAGUUUUACCUGAAAAAAAUGUUGGUGUUGGACAAUCAUCUUUAUUAUCAACAAAUCGUGUUUAUGAUUUUCAAGCUAUACGAAAAGAUCAAAUGGGUCAAUCAUCAUCUACAAUUCGAACUGAAACAUCCGGUGGUGUUGAUAUUGCACUUAAUCCAGAUGAACUUGAUAUGAAUAGUCAAGCACUUGAAGCACGUUAUCGACAAGAAUUAAAAGAUAAAGAAUUAGCUAAAGAAGAUCUUAGUGAUAUGGUUUCAGAUCAUUUAAAUAAACAAAAUAAGAAACGUAAAAGUAAACAAACAGAUACAAAUACUAAAGGAGGUGGUAGUAGCGGUAGUGAUGCAGCUAAAAAAAUGAAAUUCAAAUUUUGA